CAAAUAUCUUCCAAAAUGAAUAACAAAAUUACAAAGUCCACAGCCCCUCCAAGGGGAAAAACAGCCACCGAUGGGGAGAACAUUUUUGGUUGCCAGUUCGAGGUCUUCGGGAAGGUUCAGGGCGUCUACUUUCGGAAGCACACAAAUAACAAGGCAAAACAGCUGGGACUGGUCGGGUGGUGCAUGAAUACUGAUGAGGGUUCGGUAAAGGGUGUCAUGGAAGGAAGUUUGGACAACAUCACGGAAAUGAAGAGCUGGCUGCAGCACACGGGCAGUCCUCGUUCGGUGAUCCAAAAGGCCGUCUUCUCGUCGAACGAGCCUUUGGCCAGCUCCAACUUCAAGACUUUCUCAAUACGACGCUGAA